AUGGCGGCGGCUGUUGUGGAUGGUGUUAGCAGCAUGGCUAAGCACAUGUUUGACGGUCUUGUGAAUGAAUACUAUGGACGUAAGAAGGGAAACGUCAAACCUUGGACCAAAGCUCAUUUGCGACGAGUUAUUCAGUUUAUUAAUGGGGCUAACUUAGCUUAUGAAAUUGGCCAUAAACGGUCGAAUGCUGAAAUAUACUUCAGUAAAUGUUAUGAAGUGCUUUCUGUUGACGGCGUUCAACGGGUGGUAACCAAGAGAGCUAGAGACGACGGUUCAGUGAAAAUAAUGCUUGCGAAAGAAGAAUAUUUUGAUAUAUUGCAGGCUUAUCAUGAGAAAAUGGGUCAUGUUGGUUACGAUAAACUGUGUUCGGUCGUACGGGAACGGUUUACUUUGCCGAGGCAUGUAAUCGGGAUGUUCGUCAGCUGUUGUAAUGUUUGUAAACAUUGUAAAGUGCCUGCUGGAAUUCGAACAACCAGGAAGAGGAAAGCAUCGAGUGUUACAUCAAAGGGAUCAUCAGGAAAGGUUGGCAUAUUUCAGGAUUUUGUUACAGUCUUAGUAAAUAUAAUUGAAAAGUCCAAUCGUGUUGCUUUUGAAUGUAAUGAAAAGGGCAAGAGUGAACUAUGGAAAAUAUUCAAACUGAUAACAGUGGAUGGAGAACGUCAACAUUUUGCGUGGUGCUGUAGGUGCAAAGCUGUCAUUACCUAUGUACCUAGAACUGGAACUGGCAGUCUCAUUCGGCAUAAAUGUACAGGCUUAAUUCCUCCUGCAAGUCCAUACUUGAAAAACAAAGAAAAAAGGCAGAAUUCCAUCUCAAGUUUUGAUAGACUGCCUGAUUCCAAUUUUCUGAAUGUUGAAGACAGUGAAUCAUCAGGUGAUUUUGAUCUAAGGGAUCUAAGAGGGAAUUUUGUGGCAUCCAUGCAAUAUUCUCCAAGAGUAGCGCUUCUGGUGACUUCAUUAGGUUCCGGUUAUUACUGUGCUCGUGCGUUUUGCUCGUAUUACUUUUUGAAGAAUGGGACGUGAAAUGAAAAACCCUGUUAGGAGGUACUACUCCUAUGAUUGUGACAGAGAUGUUUCUCAGUGUUGUAUUGGGGGAUGUAAUAAGUUGAUAAAGGGAAAUCAUGCUGCAAAUUUGGAGAGACAUGUAUCCCGGUUACAUCCGUAUGAACAUAUGUCUCUCAUGAAGAUGAAACAACUGAUUGCUGCUGAAGGAAUUCCAUAUAAUCUUGUAUCUGUUCCCCAGGCACCGCCUGCUACACAGAAACAAUCUGCUCCUCCUCAACAACCCCCUCCAUCGCAAAAGAUGGUUCCUCCGCAACAAGUGUCAGCACCAAAACAAAUAGCUCCAAAGCCUACUUCCACACCGGUUUCACCGUUGCAGCCCCUUCCACCUCCUCCUGAAGUGUGUCUGCGUUGGAACAGUUACCAUUCAAACAUGCAAGCAACAUUUCCAAGUUUAUUAAAUAACGAACAGUUUGUGGAUGUAACGUUGGCUUGUGAAGGUCGUAGCAUUAAAUGUCACAAGAUGAUGCUGUCAGCAUGUAGUGCCUACUUUGAAGAACUGCUUAGUCAAAAUCCAUGUCAGCAUCCUAUAGUCCUGAUGAAAGAUUUAAAGUACUGGGAAGUACAGGCAUUAGUUGAUUUCAUGUAUCGUGGAGAGGUUAAUGUGGCACAAGAUAAAUUGCCGUCAUUGUUGGCUGCUGCUGAGGCAUUGCAAAUAAAAGGUUUAGCAGGUCCUGCAUUUUCAUCUCAUGAUGAUGAAAACACUCAGAGUUCAGCACCACUAAGUUCUGCUGAAGAUUAUCUUGAUGAAUCUACUCCUUCACCAUCAGGAUCCCGGAGAGCAAGAAAGCGUAGAGUUAUGAGUUCUACUCAGAGUCCACGAACCCAGGCAGUGCAGUCUCCUCAGGUACCGGUCACUCCCACAAGAAGCACAACAGGAAAACGUACAGUCAAGCCAUCUCUUUCCAUGCCUUCUACUUCAAAUUAUCAGCAUGAAAGUUCAAAUCUACCAUCAGAACCACCUGCAAGAAGGGCUCGGAAAUCAGAAUCUGGAGAAUUGGAAAUUAAAAUAGAACCAAUUGAUAUUGAAAUAAGCAAUGACUCAAUGGAUCAGAUGGAUGACAGUUUCAUGGAGAAGACUUUCGAUGAUGCAGAAGCAGGAGAUGGGGGUGAGUCAAGUGGCCAGGGAGAUGAUCCCGGAGGAACAAAUGAAUCUAAGCCAUCAAUUUCUAGUGACACAAGAAUGAAUGUACACGGACAGGAUGCAGAGCAAAUGGACUUUGGGAACAAUAGUGGCACAUCUCGAAAUGAUCAAAAUUUUCGAUAUGAAGAUAGUGGUUCACAAGAUGGCAUGUCUGCAGUUCCUGAACUACCGGGUACUUCUUACCAAGAAUCUCUCUCACAGCCUAGUAGUUCAGGAAUAAACAGUUCAGAUAAUUUGUUAGGACGCAUGUAGUGACCCAGAUUUAUCAAGAAGCCGACUUCCAUUUCCUGACAACUUCUGUGAAACUACUGCUGCCUUCUACAAUCCACACUCACAAAAUUUGGUACAAGGUUAUUUGUGAAGACCACGAAAAUACAUUUAUUUUUAAGGCAUUAUUUUUACUUGAUAUCUGUACAUGAUCAGAUAUUGCUGACUCUUUUUCUUUCUUUCUUUUUUUUUUUUUUUUUUCCCUGAUAUGUGAUUUCUGGAGUUGUGAUACUGAAAGAAACAUCUGUUUUAAUGUUGAUCCUAUUUGUUAUUUAUUACUAGUGUUUAUUUUCUUUAAUAAAUUAUUCUUCAUUUUUGCGAUUGUAAGACAAUGAAUCUAUUUUGCCAUUGCUUCCUCGUUUUGUCAUAAAACAUAACAUCUUAGUUAAUGCCUAAGUGUUUUGAUAACUAGAUUUUUGAUAAGUCUUUUUGUGUUAUUCUCAAUUAUCUGAGGAUGUAGAUUCAAAAGGGAUAUUAAUUUCUAAAUUUAAAUGAAGAGUUGAAAGGCAUAUUUUGUGCAUCAAAUACAUUUUUAACAGAGACAUAGUGCUUUGAUGAGAAUGAAUUAGAUUGAAUAUUUGAUUUAAAACAUCAUAAAAAAAUAAUGAAAAUUAGAAAUCAUAAUAUUAAUAUUUUGAUUUUCUUAAAGUGACUGAAAUUUUCUGUUCAUCCUAUUACAUUUUAAUUCAUUGCAGUAAACUGGGAAAACAGAUUUUCCAGAACUUGAUGAAUAACUGUGUAUAAUUAUAUAUGCAACAUUUCAUGGUGUGGUCAUAGGGAAACAACAAAUUACUGUACUUUUCUGAAGAGGACCAGAGUUAUUUUCCUUUGCACCAAAAUCAAAUAUGCUAAUCGUUUAAGUUAGCUGUAGAAAUAAUCAGUAACUUAAAUGUAGUGUUACUUGUUCUGUAAAAGUACUAUAUUUAAAUGCUUUGUCCUAUUGUAUUUCUGAGUAUGAGCCAUUAUAUUCUUUGUGAUUGUGACUUUUUGUGUGCUGUAGAUUUGAUGUGCAUGUUGCUUUGGAAGAGAGCUAACAAGAUGUUUGGUUUGAGAUAUUUCUGAAUUAAGCAGUUCGUGUUUGUAAUGAGAAUUAUCCAACAGGUGUUUCUGAGAAGGGUGUACAAAAGAUCUUUCACUGCGAUGGAAAGGAAAUGGUUGCUUUGCUGAUACAUACAUUGUUAUGUAAUUAAACAUUUGAUGUGUGAAAUGCAUGGAAUCAAUAUUCCAGAAAUGCAUAAAUAUUUGAUUAGCAUGUAAUUAUUGCUAAUCUACAGCUAAAUCAUGACAAGGAGGAAUUUUGAACAAUCUCUGCAAUCCGAAGGAAUAGGAAGGGUUUUCCUACCUUGUAUAAGUGUUGUACAAAGCAUGCCAACGUUGAGUGAAUGAAUCAGUGCAUUUAUUCAUAUGAAAGUUUUAUCAUUAGUAUUCAAAUGCUUCUAAAACUUCAAUUUUUUUCUCCUCGAGUCUAGAAUACUUGUUUUUUGUUUAUCUAGACUUUUUGUGGCAUCCUUUCUGUAGGAGUUUAGUUGCAAAUGGACUGUCUCACAUUUUAGUCAGAAUUAAGUGGAUAAUACUUGGUAUUCCUGCAACAUAUCCCCUUGUCUAAAUUGUGCUUAAUUGUACCAGUGAGCAAGGUACACAACUGGUUGAGUUAAUUUCAUUAGUGUAAUAUUUGGCCAUUAGUUCUUUCUGAAUUUGAAUUUAAAUGGAUAAGCAUGGUUUUCAUGAGAAAUAUUUAGAAAGUUAUUCAGGAUAGUGAAGCAUUCUAGAAAAUGGACGAUAAAAUGUUUGAUAACAUUGCUGAUUUCAUUCUGACAUUGCCAAUAUUAUAUUGGUAUGUCCCUAACCUUAGUAUAGGCCUUUCAUGAAUUGAAACCAUUGGUCUAGGCAAAUGCAGUUAUUUUCUAAUGCUGAUUCUCUGCUAAAGCAACAGGCUGGGUGGAGGAUUUGCUUCAAAGAUAUGUAGAUUAUCACAGUAGUGCUGUGAAAAAAAUUACCUGAAUGUGCCUAGUCAUUUCUUAAUGAAGUAUAUAAGGUUUGCAGAAGUUUUGCCAUAGGAAAUAUUUUCAUGCAGACUUUUCUACUCAACCAUUUGAAUCCAAAUUUAAGAGUAAAUCUUUUCUCAAGAAAUGGUACAUUAAUGAGCACUAAUUUUUAAUGGAUGCUUGGGUGCAUUUUGUUUACCAUGUUCAGGUAGAGAAGAGGGUGAAGUAAGAUAAUUUAUUUUUGAAUGGUCUUCCAAUUGAGAAAUGUUAAUGUCCUCGUUUAAAAAAUUGAUAUAAAUUAAUAUUGCUGUAAACUUUGUUCUGCACUGGAUCUGUAAAAGGACUAUAAUACUUAUAUUGCAGUACAGCGACAGCUGUCACUCUUUUUGAAAAAGGAAACUUUUUGUUUUAAUAGAAAUUUUACCUGAUAUGGUGAAAUCUUCAUAAUGAACUCCAGCUUAAUGAUUAUUCCAGUUUUGAUAUUUUCCAUAAGGAAUAUGCAAAGCAAUGUCGCUUACAAAAUUUGAACUUUGAGUAUAACUGUAAAAUUUAGUGGUUCUUUAAAUUCAAAUUUAUUAUUUUCUCCUUAGUGCUCUGAGGUUGAUGGUUGGCAGGGAGCACUGAGCUUACAAACUAGCAAUGUACUCUACUAAUUUGGAUCUAAGACUUUUUAACAACCUACAAUAAGUCUCAAAUUGAUUUUUAAAUCUAGUUUGAAAAAUGAAAAUUAAAUAUUUGCUGAAAAGUGAAGCAAAAACUAAGAACCUUCUAAAAACUGAAGCAAGAGAUUGAUCCCAUUUUGAAGUGCUAAUAAACACAUCCUCUUAUUAUUUUGUAGAACUUUUGAUCUUUUAAGAAAGGAUGCUGCAGAAUAUAAUAUUCAUGAAGAUCAAAGAUAAUUCAUGAAGUAAGAAUGAUGCUUGCUACUUACACAAGUGUUACCAAUUUUAUUUAUUAUAAUUAUUGGUAUGUUUUCAUGGGGGUUUUUGAAAUUUCAGAUUUGGCAUUCCUGAAGUAAUACCAUUCUCCCUCUUACUGUAUUUCCAUUUCCCAUCAUACGUAAUGUUAUUUUAGUGUUUUCUGAUUUAAUUUUUUGCAGGAAAUGUGAGAAGUUGGAACUUGGUAAUAAUGAUAUAUUGUCCUAAGUAUUAAAUUUCUGUUGUAGAUCAAAAAUCUUGAUCUCUCUCUCACCUACACAAAUCUAAUUAGUAUUUUCAUUGUAAAAAAAUGAUUGUGUAUUCAGUGACCUGAUUUUGGAAAGUUGUUUUCUAACCAAAAAAUGACUAUUGUGACAUAAACUAGUCUUGUCUGUUCGGACGUGUGGCAACUAUUGUAGUGGCAUGUGUUCCUGUGGAAGUGAAUAUAGAAUUGCAACUUCUGGAAACCUGGUAUCGUGGGGGAAAUGCCUAUUUAUUUUCACUUGCAAGUAAUUGGUGUUGCUUCUGAGUGAUCGGUUGCCCUUUACCAUGCUUUUUAAUAGGCUUAGUUGCACAAAAAUGCAGCUAUUUUUGUCGAUAUGCAAGUGAUGUGCUCAAAAAAUUCAAGCUUAAGAUUAGUUAGUGGUUUGUACAUUGAGGAAUGUCGGGUGCAUACUUUACAGAAAGUAUAUUUGAUGAUAUCUUGUUUUGAUACAUCACUUGCUGCUAAUUAAAUACAAUUUAGUUUGUAGAAAUCAAACUGUGUAACAUUAAGUUGCAAUCAUUGAAGGACUGAAUAAGUAUUCAAGAAAUAUAAAUACUGUGCACGUUUAUCAGUUGUGCUUCAGCUGUUUGGUACAUUAGGAGGUAGCAGAUAUACUGAUUACCUGAUACCUAUUGGUACCAUCUGUAUGAUUUUAGCUUGUGUAUGAAUGUGAGUGUAUGUAUAAUUUAUAACUAAAUUGAGUAAAAUGUUUACAUCCACUAGGUGGAUGUGUAUUCUUUUAAAAUAGUUUGUUUUUGUCUUUUAUACAGUUUAUGAUUUGUAAUAUGCAAUAGACUGACAGAUUUUGAAAUUCCAAAGUUUAUUGUGGAAAUAUCUUCCAUUAUUUCUGACUACAUUAGAAGAAAUUUCAAGAAUUUGAUUUUUCUAAAAAGUCCAAAGGUAGUUUAAAAUAGAAAUAGUAUGUUGUGUUAGAUUUGGACAUGUACCUUUUUUAUUGUAGAUAAUAAAAAUUUGUUCUUUGUAUGUUGAUUUUUAUUUUUGAAAAUGCAAUUUUAAUAUCAGACAAAUGCACAAUCUUUAUCUUCAAAAUUGUAAUGACUUGCAAUAUCGUGUAUGCAAUUAAGUAUGAUAUCUUCAAUAA